UAUUGCGGAAGUGCCAUAGAGUACAGUCUAGCGCAGCUCAUUUGACUGUUGUUAUUGUGUGCGCAGUGUAUAUUGAUUGUUAGUCUUAAGCUUUUGCGCCAUAUUUUCCUGCAAAAUAGUUUUUUUACCCAAUGGCAGCUCUGACGUACGCAGGUAUGGACGAUACCGACAGCGACGACGAGUUACCUCCUGGAUGGGAGGAAAGAUCAACGAAAGACGGAUGGGUCUACUAUGCAAACCACGAUGAGAUGAGGACACAGUGGGAACACCCCAAGACUGGAAAGAAGAAACGCUGUGCUGGAGAUUUGCCGUAUGGAUGGGAGCAAGAAACCAAUGAAAAGGGUCAAAUAGUUUAUGUUGACCACAUCAAUAAGCGGACCACAUAUUUCGACCCCCGCCAAGUGUUCACUGUGGAGGAUGUGAUGGUGAAGCCCAAGCGCUAUGAUGGAAACACGGCUGCUUUGGAGAUCCUGCAAGGGCGUGACCUGUCUGACAAGGUGGUCCUGAUUACCGGGGGCAACUCUGGCAUUGGCUUUGAGACAGCCAGGUCUUUCGCUCUUCAUGGCGCCCACGUCAUCCUGGCCUGCAGAAACCUGUCCCGAGCCAGCAAGGCCAUCAGCAGCAUACAGCAGGAGUGGCACAAAGCCCACGUGGAAGCCAUGAUGUGUGACCUGGCCUCUCUCCGCAGUGUCAGAGAGUUUGCCGACUCCUUCAAAGCCAAGAAGCUGCCCUUGCACAUUUUGGUGUGCAACGCAGCGGUGUGCACUCAGCCGUGGAGUCUGACGGAGGACGGCUUGGAGUCCACCUUUCAGACCUGCCAUUUGGGUCACUUCCUGCUGGUCCAGAGCCUACAGGACGUGCUGCGUCGCUCUGUUCCUGCUCGUGUUGUGGUUGUGUCAUCUGAGUCUCACAGGUUCACAGACUUGUUAGACUCGUGUGGUAAGGUAGACCUGGCCAUGUUGUCUCCAGCUCGCAAGGACUACUGGUCCAUGCUGGCCUACAAUCGGGCCAAACUGUGCAACAUCCUCUUCAGCAACGAACUCCACCGCCGCCUCUCUCCUCACGGGGUCACAUCCAACGCAGUGCAUCCUGGGAAUAUGGUGUACACCUCCAUACACAGAAGCUGGUGGCUGAUGACCUUCCUCUUCACUCUGGUUAGACCUUUCACCAAGUCAUGGAUGCCGUCUGGUGGUUAUUGUGCUGCAGUCGGCACCAGUAAGGGCCUUAAUGUGGGUGGAAGACCGCCCUGUGUCUUGAUGGACAGCCAAUCGGAUCCUCCGGCUCAGCGCAGGUGUGAUUUUUUUGGGUCUACCACUUUACUUUUUUGUUCCAUAAUGCUCAAGGAUCUUUCAAAAAACUUAGAAUGACUGAUUUACUGCACCCAACCUCAGCAGCAAUGGCACGUUGCGAGAAAAUAAUAAAAAAAUAAUACAAUAAUAGAUAAAAAAUCAUGCUUGUUACGUAUGUGAGUUAGAGGUACUUUCUUCAGAAACUAUUUUCUCAAAAAUGUAAACAGUUACAGACUGUACUGUACAACUGUCAAUUACAGCAACAAUGCAUUAUUUAAUUUAGCCAACAUUUUGCAAUUCGAAACACAAAAUUACACCGCUUUACUCGCUCUAGAUCAGUUUUGCUUAUCAACAGUGCCUCAACUUGGUUUAGCCUCAGGCGUUGAUGCCAAAGGUUCCAGUGGGCUGUCUGUUGGAGUCUGUCGCUCAAGCUGAUACGGGCGAAGUGGCCGUUGUCUUUGUUGAACGUACGAGUCAUAGAGGGAUAUUUUAUGCUAGGCACAGCUUAAGGCUUCAGUCUUGCAUUGUAUCCCACUUCUGGAAACACUACAAACAUCCUCAAAGCAAUCAUUGUUGAAAUGCGCUGAGCAUAACAACGAUCACUUCAAUGGCCGUUUUUUUUUUGUCCAGCUCUUCACAACUUUUUCAUCUUUCGGCCAAUUAGAAAGAUGAACACUGUGAACUAUGCCAUUAUUGCAACCUCCCGUGACACAAAGUCUUGGCAUUCUCUCCAAAAACGUCCAAAAGUUAGCUUAAAACUCAUCACAGAAAACAUUAUGCCAAUAAGCGUCCCUGCAGGGUGUCUUACUGAUAUGACGUGACAGCUCAGGGGGCUACAGAGCAUAGGGGCUGUCUUUAAGGUUUAUUAUCUUGAAAAUUAAGAAAAUGUGUAUGUAUUUAAUGCAAAAAAUGUGUGCUAUUUCAUCACUUUAUCCGUAUUUAAGGAUUUUGUAUGACCUUUAAUUUAGUAACUAUUAAUUUAGCCGAGAGCGCCGACAUCUACUCAGUUUUUCGGUUUUGUUAAAGUCGUUUUUGUUGGCACCGGGGCCAUUAUGGUAUGGAAUUUUGAUACGCAUCCCCACUCUUCGCCCCUUCCCUCCUGGAGCGCUUCAUGUUUGACUAUUAGCUGACAUGCACACAGGGAGCAUCGCUCAUCUUCCCAAUUUCUCCUCCCCUUUGCCUUGCUCCCACCACCUCCUCCCGUCUCUGUCUCCCUCCUUUCUCCUGCCCCAUGUAUAACUAUUAGCAGACAUGCUCUCAGGGAGUCUGAUGAAUAUUUUAGCAGCCGCAGGGAGGGGCUGUGAUCCUCCUCUGCAGCUUCCAGCACAGCUAAUGGACCUGAGAGUGUGUGUUUGUUGGCCUCCUGCACCCAACUGGACUGCAUUGUCCGUCUUUAGACCCCCCCCCCUCCAUUUUUUUGUGUUUGGCUUGUGCGGGAAAAUAUGGGGGCAUGUUGACUUACCAACGGUCUUUUUCACAUGUGUGUCAAAACAGAAAAAUAUCGAAUUAAAACUAUUCACAAAACUUUUUCUGGAGGUUUCUUAGAAGAGCAAACAAGUAGAUGAUGAAAUUAUGUUCAACCCAAAUCAUAUGUUUCUUCACUGCUCCCACUCCAGGCUCUACUGCACAGCGCAGCCUUAAGGUCAGGCAUUUUUUUCCUCAUCGGAAAAAAUGUAAAUGAAUUCAUUUGUUUUGGGUCAAACUGUCUCCAUCAUAAAACCUAAUUAUCCUACGGUAGCAUUUUAACGUUGUUCACACUCAUUCAAGCGUCGAGACAAAAUCCGUGUAUCAUUCGUUCAUUUGUUUUUCCUUUAGAAACACUAAAAAAAACGGAUAACGACGUGUUUUUUCAUAAUUUGUUUUUUAAACAAAAGCAAAACAUGAAUAAUGUUAUUUUGUCUUUGAUAUCUAUUAAUUAAAUAAAAUAUGAUGAAUGUUGAUAACUAGUGUAUAAAGUACAUUUUGCUAUACCGUUUUUGACACACUGAGUUCACCCUGACGAGGUUUGGAGGAGGAGGAGGUGUCAGCUAGUGUAGUUCGGUGUGCGAUUUGCCGCUUUCAAAACAAUGUGUAAUUAUGUGACCAAAAGCCUCCAAACUUGCCAUUUGAUCUAUUUUGAAUUCCCCCGGUCCUCCUCUGUGUGCACACCCAAGUCCACAUAACACUAUUUACCAGUGAAUGGCAAAAAUCAACUUUAUAGGCUUAUUCAUUUUCUUCACAUUUGAUUUCAUUAAUAGAUGUAAAAUAAGAAAAACAAAACGUUAUACAUUUUUUUAAAUUUUGUUUGAAAAAGAAUUAUGAAAAACAUUAGCUAUUAUUUUAGUGUUGGUAUCAAAUGGAAAAACAACUGAAUGAAUGAUACACGGAACAGACAAGUACAUCACGUAUGAAUAAAACAAAAUACAACCAACAUAACGGAAAAAUGCUCAUCCUUUGAAGAUUCCUGACAGACACCGAUAUUGUCCAGCACUUUAUUACCAAUACCGAUAUUUGAUGGACUUCGCAGUCGCUGGAAAGUGGUAUGUUUCGUGGUAAUUAGCGCUGCAAUUAGGCAGAGCCGCAUUACACACGGAGCAAAACUUAACACUUUACAAUCAUUGCAAAUUACAGAUUUACAAUCUGAAGGCGAAACUUGGAAAUAAUUCCCAGAUCGCGGGCAUACUGAGCUAGCAAACAUGCUGCUCUGUGGAGCACGCCAUCACUCAUGUGCCGACAUCAUUUUCACCAGAAAAAAACGAUAUCUCGUUUUUAUGCCAAUAUCGUCAGGCGAUAUUGUCAGACAUCCCUAAAUUAAACACUUUCUUAACUUAAGGGACAAUCCAGCAAGGUGUUAUAAAAGUUGAGUGAAAUACUCACACAGAUGCUCUUCCUUCACACAGUCUGGCAUCUGUGUGGUGCAAUGCACUGUAUGUGUGCAUGUGUGUGUGUGUGUGUGUGUGUGCGCACUAAUCUUUAGAUGAGGGUCUGGUGGUUAAAUCAUGAUGCAUAGUCCAGGGCUGCUCUGGCCACUGUCAUUAAUCAGUAGAGGGGCGGGGGGGACGUAUCUGCUUUUUAUCCAUCUCUUAAAUCAGUCACUGCAGCUAUCGGCAGCUCUUCCUCCUUACCUCCUAUACCUCCCCAACGCGCUCCCCGUCCAUCCCACUUCCCGUCCCUCCUCCCCCCACGGGCCGCUGAUUGAAGUGGCAUUGUUUGGGAGACAAGCGGCGCUCAAUCAAUAGGCAGUCUCACUAAAUUACCGUUUGCAUGAAAAAUGAAGGGUGGCCCAGCCUGAUUCCUUUCAGCUGGGGGUGUAUCUCCGCUUGUAUGUGUGCAGAUUGGAGCCAGAGAUAGCCACUGUAAGGAGGUGUCAUUUUGUCAGGGGAACAGGGAAGACAAAGUAGGCAGGUAGGAGAAUGUGCAUCUCCUCGCCGUCUAUUAAAGCAUUGCCAGACCACCAAGAGCUGCGUGAAGAAAGAGAAGAUGCGUUUUUUCUUCUGCUUCACGUAUUGAUCAAGGCUUGUUAAGGACUCCUUGUGACCCUGAUGCGACACACGGACCCUCACCCUUCCACUUCACCCCUCAACUUUACCUUUCACCCUUGACUUCUCUACUGCUGUUUUGGAUCUCUCCACCUCUUAACCGAUAGAUGGAUAGAUCUUUGGAAGGGGUUGUUCCAUGCGGCAUGCGCGCGUCCCGUCAGAUUAUGGACUUCCCUGAUCGUGUGUGUGCGCAUUGUGUAUGCGUUGAUUUGGAUGGCGAAGGUGUGCUGGAGUGAGGUCCCAGCCUCUGUGGCUGUUUGUGCAGCACCCUGACCCCCGGCUAUUAAUCAUCUCUAGAUGUGUGUUUACCCUCACUUCGGCUCGCCAGCUUGCAGGCACCUGGAGGGGCAAUUAGAGAGGAACCACUGCCCCAUGUGCUGUGAGGAGGAUUGCCCCCCUCCCACUUCGCAAGUCUUUGGUCACACACACACUCACAAGCGCGCACACACACACCAAACCAGCCGCACCUAUAAGGUUUUUAUUUACUUUAAAAGCAUCCUGCUGUUAUUACAAGUGGCAUCUUACCAUUAUGUUUGUAUGGGAGACAGUUUGUGUGUGUGUGUGUGCAGGUGCACGCCAGUCUGCCGCCCCCGUAGGGCAUACCAAAACAUGCAUUAGUAUAAGUUACGUGGGGCCGAGCCUCAUCCAGUGUACAUAUGGUAAUGGAUGGUGUGUGCGGAACAUGUCAGCCACCUCAUCAUGUAAAAGCCUUUGUGUACAGGAGGGAGCAUGGAGGGGCUAGCAGGUAGGCAUUAGGCAAUAUAAUGGCCUCUAUUUUUACACCGUGGAAACACACUUGAAGAGGCGACGCUUGUGAAGCUUUCAAAAAAAAAAAAGACUUACUGGUGUGUGUGUGUUGGGGUAGGAGGAGAGGGGGUUACAAGUGGGUAAGUGAGAGAAUAAAACUCUCAAACAGCCUGGCUGUUGGUCCUGUUUGCGCCAGUGUGUUUUAUCUCUGAACUUGUCUGCUGUAAUUAAAGCCACUGUUGGUAACAAUGGUGUGUAAUUACACUACCUCUCACAAGGAGAUCAUGUUUUCAUUACAGUUUUGUUAACUGUUAGUUUGUAGGGCUAUCAACACUUAAUUCAUCUUCACAGGGUAAUGCAUGGGUUAUCAAUGAACCCAUUGGUGCAGAUCUGGACAAAGGUGCUGAUGCAGUAAUAUGACAUUGCGCAGUUUUCUUUAAUUUUUCAGUAACUAAUGUAAGAAUGAGUUUUUAAAAAUAGAGUAUUUAUGAAUGUAUAGUGCUAUUAUUUAUUACUAUUGUGGGGAAUAAGACAAAUAAUAAUCAGAGUAUGUCACUAUUAUUAUGAUAUGCUGUAAUAGUUUUAUUGUUUAUUGUAUUGUUUUAUUUUGUAUCUCUUUAAGAUUAUUUUAUAUAUAUAUUGUUAUCAUUAUUUAUAUUUUACCAUGGGUACCGAAUUAAUUAUACUGUAAUAAUAAUUGUGAUAUUUUGGGCCGCACGGUGUCUCCGCUUGGGCAUCUCUUUGUGGAGUUUGCAUGUUUUUCCAAAGGUAUGAAUGUGAGCGUGAAUAAAUGUUUGUCUAUAUGCGUUUGUCAAUAUGUGGCCUGCGAU